UGCAGGGCGCUCGUCGCUGCCGUGCGAGCCCACCCGCCCCGGGAGCUCGCCUCCCCGGUGCUCCCCCUCCCUCCCCGCCCCCCCAGUGGCGCUGCCUCCUCCAAAUGAGCGAUUCGCCCGCUGGAUCUAACCCAAGGACACCCGAGAGCAGCGGCAGCGGCAGCGGCGGCGGCGGGAAGAGGCCCGCGGUGCCGGCGGCGGUGUCCCUCUUGCCCCCGGCGGACCCCCUGCGCCAGGCGAACCGGCUCCCCAUCAGGGUCCUGAAGAUGCUGAGCGCUCACACCGGCCACCUCCUGCACCCGGAGUACCUGCAGCCGCUGUCCUCCACUCCCGUCAGCCCCAUUGAGCUGGACGCCAAGAAGAGUCCACUGGCGCUGUUGGCCCAGACCUGCUCGCAGAUCGGCAAGCCAGACCCGCCACCCUCCUCCAAGCUCAACUCGGUAGCCGCAGCGGCGAACGGCCUGGGAACGGAGAAGGACCCCAGCCGCUCCGCCUCGGGCGCGGCCUCCGCGUCGGCUGCCCUUAAGCAGCUAGGUGACUCCCCCGCUGAGGACAAGUCCAGCUUCAAGCCCUAUUCCAAGGGCUCUGGCGGCGACUCCCGCAAAGACGGCGGCUCCUCCUCUGUGUCCUCCACCUCCUCCUCGUCCUCUUCGUCCCCUGGUGACAAGGCGGGCUUCAGGGUCCCCAGCGCCGCCUGCCCGCCCUUUCCCCCGCAUGGAGCGCCGGUCUCCGCGUCGUCGUCCUCGUCCUCCCCCGGCGGCUCACGGGGCGGCUCCCCGCACCACUCUGACUGCAAGAACAGCGGCGGGGGCGGCAGCGGGGAGCUGGACAAGAAAGACCAGGAACCCAAGCCCAGCCCAGAGCCGGCAGCAGUGAGCCGCGGCGGCGGUGGUGAGCCCGGCGCACACGGCGGCACCGAGGCCGUAACCUCCGGGCGCAAGUCGGAGCCACCCUCGGCGCUGGUGGGGGCAGGCCAUGUGGCGCCAGUGUCGCCCUACAAACCCGGCCACUCGGUGUUCCCGCUGCCACCCUCCAGUAUCGGCUACCACGGUUCCAUCGUGGGCGCCUAUGCCGGCUACCCGUCUCAAUUCGUGCCUGGCCUGGAUCCUAGCAAGUCUGGCCUCGUGGGAGGCCAGCUGUCGGGGGGCCUGGGCCUGCCACCGGGCAAGCCCCCCAGCUCCAGCCCUCUCACCGGAGCCUCCCCGCCCUCCUUCCUGCAGGGAUUAUGCCGCGACCCCUACUGCCUGGGAGGUUACCACAGCGCCUCGCACCUCGGUGGUUCCAGCUGCUCCACUUGCAGCGCGCACGACCCUACUGGGCCCAGCCUGAAGGCGGGGGGCUACCCGCUAGUGUACCCCGGGCACCCACUGCAGCCCGCUGCUCUGUCAUCCAGCGCCGCUCAGGCCGCACUCCCCGGCCACCCGCUCUACACCUACGGCUUCAUGCUGCAGAACGAACCGCUGCAGCACAGCUGCAACUGGGUGGCGGCCAGCGGGCCGUGCGACAAGCGCUUUGCCACCUCAGAGGAGCUGCUCAGCCACCUACGGACUCACACGGCUCUGCCGGGGGCCGAGAAACUUUUGGCCGCCUACCCCGGGGCCUCUGGCCUGGGCAGUGCUGCCGCCGCGGCAGCGGCUGCUGCCUCCUGCCAUCUGCACCUCCCCCCGCCCGCCGCCCCAGGCAGCCCCGGGUCGCUGUCGUUGCGGAGUCCACACACUUUGGGGCUAAGCCGGUACCACCCCUACGGCAAGAGCCACUUAUCCACAGCUGGGGGCCUGGCGGUGCCGUCCCUCCCCACAGCGGGACCCUACUACUCGCCAUAUGCGCUGUAUGGACAGAGACUAGCCUCAGCCUCGGCACUCGGAUACCAGUAACUACAGCUUUCCUCCCACCCCACCUCCUCCUCCUUCCCCCGGCCGUGGUCGCUGCUGCGACCUCCACUACUGCUUGUCCCUCCCGGGAUUCCCUGCCCAGACCCCCACCGGACUGUGUAUUUAUUUACUGUAAUGUUAGCUUACAAGCUGGGAAUAUAAGUGCAUUAAGGACCCACACGAGUCAAUGGUAUGCAAAAAGUCUGUGUUCCCCCAAAUAAUAACGUUAAUCCCACCAAUAACUACAUGAUCCCUGCCCCUCUUCCUUUCUUUUAUUUUCUCUCUUUUUCGUAGGUAUACGUCUUAAUUGUUUUCCUUUUUGAUUGGUUUGGUUUUAGGGGAGGAGGGAGAAUUGGGGUUCUUCUGUUUAUUUUGUUUUCUCUUCCUGGGCAGUUUCUUGCAUGAGUCUUAACCGUUAAAACUACAUUUUCCCCUUCUCUUUUUCCUUCUUUCUCCUUCAUUCCCUCUCCUUUCUGCCCAUUCUUGGUUGUUUUUCCUUUGUAUGAGUAACAGAGAGGAGAUUAUUUUUUAUAAUGCAUUAGGAACGGGGCGGCAUUGGUGGGAGGAGGUCUAGAGCUCUGUUGACCCGGACUCUGCUCUGUGACUCCUCCCCUUCAGCCUUCCUCCCCUAGGGUCCUUGGUCUGGGCCCUGGCCCCCCAAAUUAAAAAUUUGCUCCCCUACCUUGCUCUAAGCAUCAAGAGCCCUGACCCUACCAGCAAGCUCCCCAGAUAAAGGGACCCAAAUGGCCUCCCACAGAGCCGUUCCUUCACUUUAAACCCUCCCGGCUCCCCCUCGGGCCCCAAGCCCCCAGUGGUCACACUGCUCACGGGUGGGAAACCCAUAGGACACAUCUUACUCAACUAAAAGUCCUAGUAGGCCCCGCUGGUGUGGAACUUUGCUCUUUAUAUUUUGCGAAGUGCUUUAUAAGUCAUUCUUUUUCUCUCCGUUAUUGGGGCAGUGACCCCUCCCCUGGUGGUAGGGGCGAGGUCGGUGAUUCUCACUAGGUCCCUCCAAAGCAGACCAGUCCCAAGGAGGACAAUGCAAUCUUGUUAGCUCCGUUGGGGAAGGUUGAAGAGUCAGGGAACAUACGGAUCACAGCAGUCCCCCUCACCUCCCACCCCUGACCCAACAGAGCCCCCAAAGUUGGCCGUGGGCUCCCGCAGUGACUGGGAUGAAGACUCGGGCCUCUGGGUCUUCCCACACCCUCCUUUCCUCCCGGUCUUAUGCAGCGUGGGGGCUGCUGGACCUGCUUGGGAUGAAUAGAGCUCUCCCUUGGUAAGACUUAUUUUGUUAAUAAAUGGAAUACUUGGCUAUA